UAUGCGGGCUUUUUAUAAAAUUUUUGUUGUUUUUUGGGCUAGGCAUUGCAAGCUUACAACGAAACUUAAAACAGUUUUUUUUUAUUUUGGUUGUACUAAAAUGGUGUUUUCGACAAUUUGUGGUUUGAGCAGAACUGGUAUUAGACAAUUCUCUACGUCUAGGACGCUAUGCAGUUCGUCUGAUGUUCACGUCAAAACGCGGACGAUGCACCGUUUGACGCAUCCUGGGAGCAACAGGCCGUCUUAUGUGAGUCCAGAACAAGCGGUGAAGGUGGUGGAGUCUGGAAAUCGAGUGUUCAUUCACAGCGUGGCGGCGGCCCCUCGGCUGCUGAUUGAAGCAAUGGUGGGUCGUCAUAAAGAGCUUCGAGAUGUUGAGGUUUGUCAUAUUCAUACGGAACAGCCUGCCUUAUAUGCAGAGGCAAAAUACAGGGGAAGUUUUCGUUCGAACAAUUUUUUUUGUGCAAAAAAUAUUCGUCCAGCGUUGAGUGAGGGUCGAGCUGGCUACGUUCCAAUUUUUUUGUCGGAGGUACCAAAAUUAUUCAAGCAGGGCAUAUGUCCUAUAGAUGUGGCCAUGCUGCAGUUGAGUCCGCCUGACAAGCAUGGUUUCUGCUCAAUGGGUCCAAGCGUUGACGUUACAGUUGCGGCAGCAGAGUCGGCAACUCACUUGAUUGCUCAGAUCAAUCCAAACGUGCCAAGGACCCAUGGAGACGGGUUGAUUCAUGUUUCUUGUCUAGAUGCGGUGGUGGAGUGCAAUGAUCCUAUCCCGACCUUGGAAGAAGGAUCCUUCAGCGAAAUCGAGGGGAAGAUUGGGAAAUUGGUGGCUUCUCUUGUGGAGGACGGAGCGACUCUCCAAAUGGGCAUUGGGACAAUUCCAAAUGCUGUCUUGAGUUCUCUAAAAAAUCACAAGCACCUGGGUGUUCACAGUGAAAUGAUCGCGGAUGGCGUCAUUGAUUUGGUUCAUAAUGGCGUUAUUGAUAAUUCUAAAAAAAAAAUUCAACAACAUAUUACAUCUGUUGGGUUCGUGAUGGGCACCAAACGCAUUUAUGAAUUUAUAGAUGAUAACCCAUCUGUAAGAUUCCUGAGAAUCGAAUACAUCAAUGAUCCUUCUGUUAUUCGACUGAAUCCAAAAGUAACUGCUAUCAAUUCGGCCAUCGAGGUUGACAUAACUGGACAAGUCGUCGCAGAUUCUAUCGGAAGCAGAAUCUAUUCCGGUGUGGGUGGCCAAGUCGAUUUCAUAAGAGGUGCAGGGUUGUCCGAGGGUGGCAAACCUAUCAUCGCUCUUCCGAGCGUCACUUCUAAAGGCGAAUCACGUAUCGUUUCCUUCAUCAAGCAAGGUGCCGGAGUCGUUACUAGUCGCGCCCAUGUACACUACGUCGUCACCGAGUAUGGCAUCGCGAACCUGUUUGGUGCUAACUUGCAGCAACGCGCGAAAAAACUGAUCUCGAUAGCACAUCCUGAUCACCGUGAGGCUCUCGAAAAAGCCGCGUACAAUGACUGGUUCGACAUGUGGUGAGCUCUCAAAAAAAAACACCUUCGUUGUUUUCAAGAGAUAUAGUUUAUUUUCACAGUUUAUGGGGUGGUAGCGACAGA